CGGAAAAUUUAAAUUUAGUUUCGGCGUGAGAGAGAGAGCGGUUGCACUUAUCUUAGCGGGUCUGACCUUUCAUUUACCCCUCUUCUUAUAUUGUCUUCCAAGAAUUAGAAGAGAAAAGAAAAAAUGGAAGGCUUGAUGUUGUGGGGAAAAAAAACAAGAAUUUUCGAGUAAGAAAAUACUGAAAAAAAAUGGUGUAAUCUGUCUUGCCUUCCCGAGUGAUUCAUUUUAGUUCAGUGAAGUGUUUGAAGUGUAGAUCAUCUCUCUGAAAGAAGAACAGCAGGGACUAAGUGCAUUUUGAUUUUUCAUUCAGGAUUUUUGAGGUCCAUUUAAAUCAAGGACAGUUCUUCCCUGCAAUAAUGCACGUAUUUCUACAAAGUACAGCAAGUAAAUCAUAUUUGUUUUUCUAGUGUACAAGCACGCCCUUUAAAGAAAUCACGUGCGGAUAUGUAUAUACCAAAGUAGAAACAGCACACAUGAAGACAUAAAGUAGUUACGUAUAUUUACAGUUAUUCUAAACUUUUACGUUUCAUUCAUUAGCGAAGAAAUAUUUGGUGCUCUAUGAACAAAAUGCUAAUGUUUUGAACAGCCUUAACAUGUCAGUGUAUAAUUAGAGAGACACUGUCUUUGGAAUUAACGAGGCAGAGUUAUCUCAAGACAGGGUUUCUAUGGCAUUUAAAAGCCGGAGAUAAGCAGGAGUCAAGAUACUGGUGAUGCAUGAAAUAAUGUCGUAAAAUCGUAAAAUUUGUGUCAUCAAACACACUAUUUUAUGUUCUUUUUUUUUACUUAUUUAUUCUCCUUUCGGUGAAUAUAACGACCAUAAGAUUCUAGAACUGAAGUAACUACACCCCCCCACCCCCACCCCCACCACCACAUGUUGUAACGGUAAAACUCCUGCAGAAGCUUCCUCCAAGGCAAGGCGAGGCGAUGUUGCGGCGAGUGAGAAGGGCGUUCAAGAUCCUGUGGCUGGCGUCCGCAGCGGCGUCCCUCAUGCUCCUCAUCACCUUCAGCGACUCCGGCCUCCGCGUGCGUCUAAACAGCUCCUCACCCUCCUCUUCCUCCUCCUCCUCCUUCGCCGACAGGAACCUCGCACUGAGGGAUCGCCCCAACGCCACGGCGACCAAGACCGAGGACGAGGGCGAUGAAGGACUUGAAGGGAAGGACUUCGAACGCCACGACGACGUAGACGACGAAGAGGAAAUGAAGGGAGAGAGAGAAGACGAGGACCAGUUUAUCCCCGGCGACGGCGAGAGCGAGAGAACCGGCACCGAAGUCUACAACGAAGAGGAUGAAGAACGAGUAGAAGAAGAAGAAGAAAGAGGAAGAGAAGAAGAAGAAGAAGAAGAAAGAGAAUUAGAACAAAAACAAGAAGAACAAGAACAAGAAAGAGGAAGAGAGGAAGAAAAAGCAGGAGGAGGAGGAGGAGGAGGAGGAGGAGCAUUCACAUCCAGAAAGACGACCGACGAAUUAACGGCCUCCUGGUACGCCUUCAUAGCCAGGAGGUUCGCGGAGAGGAAAGCGCGAGUGACGAGAGUGUGCCAGAAGUACAGGAACCCCGUGUACAGCAAGCACCUCACAAGGAACACGUUCAUGUACUAUUCAGAAAAGUACCAGCUCAUGGUGUGCAUAGCUGCCAAGGUCGGGUCAUCCACCUGGAAGAGCCACCUGCUCCACAUGCGAGGGAUCAAGCCAGUCACCAGCAACAUCCACGUUAAGCACUUCGAGAGCAAGAUCAAGGCCAAACUACUCCUGGGCCCCUUCUGGACAAUACAAGCCAUGAAGAAUUCGACGAAGGUGAUGACGGUGCGCCACCCGCUCGAGCGUCUUGUCUCCGCCUUCAGGGACAAGUUCCAAGACGGGAGGGCCGUGGAGAAGGCGCAGUCGGAUGGACACAUGAGAUACUUCUGGAAACCGGCCAUGGUAGCGCUGAAGAAAGGUCGCAACGAAGAAGGCAAGUUGCAAAUCACCUUCCACGAGUUUUUGCAAUACGUGGUAAAGGAACAGCGCUCCUCCGCCGGCGACCCCCACUGGAUGCGCCUCUACAGACUGUGUUCCGUCUGUGGCAUCGACUUCCCCUUCGUCAUGAGGCUCGAGACGUACACCGAUGACCUCGCUUUCCUCGUCCGGAAUCUCGGAAUCGCGGAGGUCAACCCUCUCGAAAGACGCCACUCGCUGUACUCCGACACUCCCUACGAUGCUUCGACUCGCCUGUCGAUCGACACUGAGCCUGCCAUCUCCAUCAAGAACUCGACCCUCAAGUAUUACCUUGACGUCCCUCCUAACCUUCUAGCCUCCGUACUCGACAUCUACAAGGUCGAUAUGGAGAUGUUUCAUUACGAAGUGCCUCCGGUCUUACAAGAAAUUGUCGAUCGGUAUCGAAGCAGCACGGCUUAGCAACGGGUUCAUUUUUUUGUUUGUUUGAUUUGGGUGUGUAUGUUG